AUGGAAGAGGUGAAUAGGACCGCAAAGAUACAAUUCUUCUUUCGCCCCUUCUCAUCCGACCCAGAGGUCCAGAUGGUGAUCUUCGUGGCCUUCCUGGUGAUGUACCUCACCGCGCUCAGUGGAAACACCACCAUCGCUGCCGUUGUCCGGACCAACCCUUGCCUCCACGUUCCCAUGUACUUCUUCCUAGCCAACUUGGCGGUUCUGGAAAUCUUCUAUACAUCUUCCAUCGCGCCCCUGGCCUUGGCCAACCUUCUCUCAAUGGGAAAAUCUCCUGUUUCCCUUGCGGGUUGUGGAACCCAAAUGUUUUUCUUUGUCUUCUUGGGAGUGGCCGACUGCGUCCUUCUGGCAGUCAUGGCUUAUGACCGGCUAGUGGCCAUCUGCCAGCCGCUGAGAUACGCCCUGCUGAUGCGCUGGCGCCUGUGUGUGGAGCUGGUGGCAGGUAGCCUGGUGCUAGGCUUCCUGCUGUCGCUGCCUCUCACCAUUUCAAUCUUCCAACUCCCCUUCUGCCGCAGCAAUGAGAUCUACCACUUCUACUGUGACAUGCCUGCUGUCAUGCGCCUGGCCUGUGCAGACACGCAUGUGCACCAGACGGUGCUGUACAUCGUCAGCUUCAUCGUUCUGAGCAUCCCCCUUGUGCUGAUCUCCAUCUCCUAUGGCUUCAUCGUGGUGGCCGUGUCACAGAUCCGCUCAGCCGAGGGGCGCCGCCGCGCCGGCUCCACCUGCUCCUCUCACGCCCUCGUGGUCCUCAUGCAGUACGGCUGUACCAGCUUCAUCUACUUGUCCCCCAACUCCAGCUACUCCCCUGAGAUGGGCCGCAUUGUGUCUGUGGUCUACACUUUUAUCACCCCCAUCUUAAACCCCUUCAUCUACAGCGUGAGGAACAAGGAACUGAGAGACGCCCUGAAGAAGGCCCUGAGAAAGCUCUAG